GCCUCCCGCCGCACCGGCCACCCGCCCGCCGUCCUGCGCUCGGUCUCCGCCGCCCAGCGCGCGGCCGCGGGGAGGAGGGAGCGAUGGCAGAGAACCUCAGGAGGCUGGUCUCCGGCGAGCCGCUCCGGACCCUGCACGAGCAGCUGGAGCGCUGGCGGACGGAGUACAGCACAAACACAUGUGAUCAAAAUCUCUGUCAAUGCCUUGAGUUCAUCGAACAAAUUUCCAAAGUGCAAGGACAGCUCUUUAGGAUCCUCACCGCUGCAGCCCAAGAAGGCGGUCAUUAUGAUGGUGUGGAAAUAAUCAAAUCGCGCCUACUGCCUUGGCUGGAAGCCUCCUUUACUGCAGCUUCCCUGGGAAAACCUGUUGACAGCAAGGUCCCCUCUCUGCAGGACACAUUUGAUAAGGAGAAACAUAAAGAGUCUGGUGUUCGGGAUCAGGACAUUCAACAAAUAGAUGCUGAGUUGAAUUCAACUCGUAGUCAACUCAACCAGGUUCAAGACGAUCUGGCUGAAACUGAAAAGACUCUUGAAGAAACCAAGAACAGAUCGGCCAUAUCCCUUUUGGCUGCAGAGGAGGAAAUAAAUCAGCUAAGAAAGCAGCUUAAAUCUCUUCAAGCCCAGGAGGACUCCCGCCACAGAAGCACAGAGCAUAAAAGUGUGGAGCUGCGGGGUGCAGAGCCUCGAGCCUCAGAGCAGAGGAAGUUGGACCAGCGAAGCAUCGACAAGAGGAACCCAGACCAGCGGACCGAAGUGAUUUUUGAUUAUGAGAAACAGCUCCGAACCCUGAAGGAUGAGAUAGCUGUUCUGUCUGCUGAAAAAUCUGUGCUUCAAGGAAGGUCGGCCAGGAGCCGGACGCCCAGCCCUGCCCCUCACAGCCGCAGCCGCAGCCAGAGCCGCAGCCGGUCCACCAGCCCCUCCACCGCCGUGGCCAAGAUCAGGACCCCGUCCCCGAAUCACGCCAAACUGUCCAGUGUGGCCCGCAAGGCUGCCCUCCUGUCCCGGUUCAGCGACGCCUACUCCCAGGCCCGCCUGGAUGCGCAGUGCCUGCUGCGGCGCUGCAUCGACAAGGCUGAGACGGUGCAGAGGAUCAUCUACAUCGCCACCGUGGAGGCAUUCCAUGUAGCUAAAAUGGCAUUUAGACAUUUCAAGAUCCGUGUGAGGAAAUCGUUGACACCAUCUCUGGCGGGGUCGAAUAACUUUGAGGAUGCCGUCUUGGAUUAUAUCAUUUGUCAUCUUGAUCUAUAUGAUUCCCAAAGCAGUGUUAACGAUGUAAUCCGAGCCAUGAAUGUCAAUCCCAAGAUUUCAUUUCCUCCUGAAGUUGACUUUUGUCUCCUCAGUGACUUCAUCCAGGAGAUAUGCUGCAUUGCCUUUGCAAUGCAGACUUUAGACCCACCCCUAGAUAUCGCAUUUGGGGCAGAUGGAGAAAUUUUUAAUGAUUGCAAGUACCGUCGCAGCUAUGACUCUGACUUCACUGCUCCCUUGGUCUUCUAUCAUGUGUGGCCUGCUCUCAUGGAGAAUGACUGUGUCAUUAUGAAGGGAGAAGCUGUCACCAAGAGAGGGGCUUUUUGGAAUUCAGUGCGAUCUGUAAGUCGAUGUCGAAGCAGGAGUUUAAGUCCCAUCUGCCCCCGUAGCCGUAUUGGUUUAAGCACGCUAUCUCGAAGCCGGAGCCCUUCUCCAAUAAGAUGUGGAUUGCCAAGGUUUUAAGGCCACCCGACAUGUUCCUUUGCCACAGUACAUCUGCAACAGCCAACUUUCCCAGCAUCUCUAUCUCCUCUGCCUGCCUCAGAACUCACUUAAGAUAAUGUGAAAACGCAAUUCUGUGUAUCACUCCACACAGAGAGUUAAAUGUUUUGGCUUAGCGUGCUUGUAACGUCAGACAUACUGCAUUUUAUUUUAUUUUAUAGAUACAAAUUCCAUUAAUUUGAUAAAAACGAUUGCAUAGGUGUUUAGGAUCAUAUUCAUUUGAAGCAAAGUCCAUCACAGAGAUUCAGGGUUUUAAUCUUCAGAGACUAGGGCUUUUUAGGGCAACCAUACAAAUUAAAGUGGAAGAUCUUUACCAUGUGGGGUUCAAAAGACAGAGUCAGUUUAGUUUACAGAUUGGUCAUAAAUAUUGUAAUUGCUGGUAUGGGCUUAAGGCUAGAAAACGAUGUUGAGUGUUUUAAUUUUCUUUUGUUUGGAGGACAGCUCUAAUCCUAGGCUGGGGAAUUUGUGGUAGCAGUGACUUCAGGCUACAGGUAGAUGGCGAUGAUUGCAGAGAUUAUAGAUCAUGGGCUUGCUUGUCUUUUCCUACUUUGAGGAUGCCCAGUUUGGUUUUAGUUGGGUUCCAAUGCCAAAGCUGCUUACCUGCGAGAAUGUUGUUGCUUCAUAAAUGCAAAGUGAUUUGGCUAGAACCAGCUUUGAGAUCAAUGGCAAUUGCCUCGUGUUUAUCUUGUGGGAAUGUGUCGUGCAGUUUUAAGGUACAUGUUAAAUAUAGAAGUGACUUGGACAUGUGCCUUAUCUGUUCCCUCUAGCUGUUUGCAAAUUCAGAUGUCCUAAGAACUGUAUCUGAUUAAAAAUACUUAAACUCAAGGUUUAAAACUAGGGGUACCAUUUAUUGAUUUUAAACUGAGCGAAUAUACCUUGAUUACUGUGAAGGACUGAUGAAAAAAUUCAAGUUCUAUGUAAUAAUGGAAUGUAGUUUUCCCAAGAUAAGCAAUGUGUUGUAUGCCCCCCACCCCCACCCCCCACACACUUUGAUGUGGCCUUAAACACAAGCUUCACAAACGACUGUUUUUGCUAUGUGCCUUUUAGAGAGGAACUCUGAAUUGGCCACAGCUCUUUCUGUAUAAACUCAGUGCCAAACUAGCACCUGAUGUUUUUUAGGUGAAAAAAACAAAAAACAAAAAACCCAAAGCAAAAAACCCCCUAAAGCAUCCUGUCCCUUGUGUUGGUAGAUGGAGGUGGGAGUGACCUCCUCCAUCCCUGGCCCUUGGGUCUAAUGGUCAUCAACUCAUUCUGAAGCAUGAGGUUAGUUUUUCUCCCUCUGUGUAUUCUUAUGCAGUCAUCACAUGAAGGGGAGGCAGCAUGCUUUGGGGAGGCCUUGGUGUCUGGGUAUUUCCAGCUCUGACUUGGUCAUCAGUUUGCUUUGUGGCCUUGAGCAAGUGACUUCACCUCUCUGAGUCUCAGUUUCAUUGUAGAGUGUGGAGGUUGGGUGAGACUAGACAUUCUCUCAACGCUGCCAGAUUCAGUGCCCCUUUAUGACAAAUAUUCCGGUCAUUCUGAAAUAGAAUUCAAUGUUAAUACGAUCCAAAUGCAUAUAGGCUUUUAGAUAAUGAGCUUAGGAUCCUGAUUUUAAUACAAAGCAGAAAAAAAGGGAAAGCAGUUUUUAAUAAAAUGCAUUUCAGUAAAAAGGCUUUGGUAUUGCCAUCCAAGAAGGUCAAAUUAAGUCACUAGUUGCUUACACCUGUAUGUAGAGUUUUGAGUGACAAGUGCAGAUCCAUAUGUAUUCGACUGGCAACAUCAUAAACAGCAUUGGGUAUGAUAUUCUGAAAUGGUGGACAACUCCUUAUAGAGUUUUGAACAAAAAACUUAGUCAUGCCUUGAUCUGCAGAGUAAGUGCAUCCCUGGAAAAGUUGGUGUACGUUGAAACCAUGCAACUAUUACUUUGUUAUAUGUUAAAAGACCUUUUCUAAAAUCUCACUAAGCAAUGAGAAUUCAUUUUUAGGAAUUGAACGGGGUAACUCAGCCCUGAUUUGGAAAAUGUUCACACAUAGCCUCAGUUUAUUUGCUCUGUACCCUGUCUGGACACUUGUCAUUUCUCAAGUCUCUAAUUUGAACUGUAACCACACAGGAAAUGGUGAAGAAUCUAGAAUAAUUGGGGGGAAGAAUCUACAAAAGCCAAGGAGACUGACCUAUACUCAUCUCAUCUGGGCAUGCACCUUAACUUUAGUAACUUUGAAAUAUGAAAAACUCUUACUUUGUAAA